AUGCAUGUUCGUUCAUCGCAGGCUCAGGCACAAAGAUUGCAUAUUAAAUACGUAGUUGCCAGAACUGAAGAAUCUCUUUUUCUCUCCGUGACCUUUCGUGGCGACUGGAAGAAACGGUUUGCCAAGAGAAGAAUUCUUGCCCCGUGCUGUGGACCUCUAGGAAAAGAAUUUACACCCCAAGCCCUUCUUGCAAGCCACUUCCCUUCCCUUGCACAAGCAGGGCCUGAGUCGGGCUCCACUGAGCAGCACCCAAGCCACGGGGAAGUUCCUGUGGAGAGAGCUUCGGAAUCCCCAAGCUCCAUCCUGGUCAAGACUGAACUGAGAUCACACCUCAUAAACCAAAAGUGCUAUCCAGUUCAAGGGGCAGUGGGUUUGGGUUUUGUUUUAUACAAACGUGUUUAUUGGAAUGGUUUCCCAUUCAACUCAGAGUGCAUUCAGUGCUGCUUCCUUCCGAAGGAGCAUCCUUCCGCAAAACCUGCUGGUGGGUUGGCAGAGGACAGUGGAACAGGCAACACACAAAACUGCCGUCUGUGCGUGGCCAAAGACCACGGUGAUCUCACAGCAGCCUGGGCAGUUCCCACCCCCGAAGUAGGAAUCGGGGCUCCGCACCAGGCACUGCUGUGUUUCCGCUUCUCUUCUGGACGGGAUGAAGGGGCUCCUUUGUCAUCACCGCCCCAAAGGCAAGAGACAUUUGGUUUUAGACCCACAGAGGGCAGUGGGACCUCAGGAGGUGUUUACAGUCAGCUGGGAAGACAGAAAGCACCACCACGAGAGCAUGAAGAAAUAGCUCACUUGGUGUUUGAGGCCAGCCUCUGCGGUCUUGGAGCAGGAAGAAUAGUCACAGGUGCUCAGCAAGCUGUCCCAAGUCGUGUCCGUAUCCGCCUAUCCUAUCAUGGGGGGAACAAGGGCAGGAGCCACAUCUUUGGCCUGGCCCUGAAGAAGUCAUCAGCACAUUUUUGUUGAAUGAACAGCUGUGGGAUGGGGAGGCACCAUGGGCCUGGGAGGCAGAACUAGUUCCCAUGAGCCAAGAUUCCCAUGAUCCAAGAGGAGUCCUGGAACCCCAGGAAUGUAGGGUGAGAGUAGUCCGAGCAAGAGCCCGAAUGCAGAAUGUCUGGAAGGCAGCUGAGCUGCCAGGCCCCCUCCUCGGCUGCCACCAGCCAGCCAAGCAUCUCUAGGCAAGGUCCCGCCCUGAAGAGCAGCUUUCUCCUCACGCCCAGCCCAGCGGCUGACCCCAGCCCAGACCCGCCAGAGGGGAGGUAGGAGGCCCGCCUAGACCCAGGGUAACGACAGCUCCACAGAGCAAGCCUCAUUACGUGGAGCAACUUCAUGAUGUGGCUGUUUUGUUUUGCUUGCAUUUUUUUUUUCUCCUUGAAAAUGAGCUGAAAACUUUCUUUACCCAAGAUUACAAGUUGGGUUGGUGAUGAAAGGUCUGUGCUGUGCAGAAGGAAUCCUCAGGGAGCAGCUUCACAUUUGCAAGUCAUUUUGUUGAAAAUGACUGCUCUGUGGCAAAGAGAAGAAGGAAGGAAGAAAAGGA